AUGUCUUUGGCGUCGGAGAAAGUGGUGUUGUGUGAACUUGGAGGCCGUAAAGAAAUUGUUCGUUGCUUCGAGGACGAGGAUUUCAAGAGUAGUAAUGCAGAUGGUACGAGUUUUUACAAUAUUGUACUGGAGUAUGCUGAUGGAGGGACGUUACAGCAGCUGAUCAAGUCAAAGGGAUGGAUACUGAAUAUGAAGCUAGGGGUUGUUAAGUGUAAUCUGAAAUUAGCGGAUUUUGGAUUGGCGAAGAAGGGAGGAGAGAAAAGUUUGGGGGCUGGGGAGGAGUACAAAAACCGGGGAACAUUGCUUUAUAGUUCCCGGAAUCCGUUAUUUGGAGUGCAUGAAGCAGCCAUGGACAUAUGGGCAGUUAAUUGUAUAGUUUUGGAAUUGCUUUUGGGAGAGGACCAUUGA